UUCCAGAAUCAAUGGAGCCGUAGAAUCUAGAACAAAGCCUGAGCAAAGAAAUGACGCAAAUACAUCUUUUGGGCAAAAACGCCAAGGAAAUAUGCCAUCGCCCAUCUCUUCAAGGUUUUCUUCUCCUCUAAACCCACCUCACUUCUGCAUUUUUCCUUCAACCGUUAAACUCCUGCCUGAUCUUACCGCCACCGCCACAGCCAAAAAAUCAACCCCCACCAUGUCCUUCUCCUCCUCAUCCUCCUCGUCGCCAUCACCAUCUAUAACCAACCCCAAAAAAGACAAAAAUUCUAACCCAGACCCGCAAAAGCUAACCCAAGUCUUAAAAUACCACAACCAGACCAAACACUCCUUCACCAACUACGCCAGAGGUCCUCGCGGCCUCGACUGGGCCAACCAACCCAAUCCAUUUCGGCGUUACAUCUCUGCUAUACUCCUUUCUCUCGUACAUUUUCCCGCUGACAAUCAAACCCCGUCAGCAUCAGCUGCUGAUUCCGCUCCUUCAUAUCAAUCUGUUUUUAAUUCUCUUCCUCCUCCAAAACCCAUCUCCAAAUCAUCAAUUUCUCAACUGUUUUAUGAUUCUCUCGCUCUCUCUGCGUGGAAAACUGCCGGUUUCUCUACUUGGUCUCUCCGGGUUAACCCGAGUAGCGGCAAUUUACACCCAACAGAAGCAUAUCUUAUUGCCCCGCCAAUCGAAUCCCUUUCUAAUUCUGCUUUUGUGGCGCAUUAUGCACCAAAAGAACAUUCUCUAGAGCUUAGAGCUACAAUCCCAUCUGAUUUUUUUCCGAAAUUCUUUCCACGAAAUUCGUUUCUAAUCGGAAUUUCAUCAAUUUUCUGGCGCGAGGCGUGGAAAUACGGAGAGCGUGCUUUUCGCUACUGUAAUCACGAUGUGGGUCAUGCUAUUGCUGCAGUUGCAAUGGCUGCAGCUGGACUUGGAUGGGACGUGAAGUUGCUUGAUGGGCUAGGUCAUAAGGAGUUGGAGAGGUUAAUGGGGCUCGAAAUGUAUCAAGGGUUUCAAAUUCCAGACACGCCAAUUAAAGGGAAAAUUCCUGAAAUUGAAUUUGAGCAUCCCGAUUGUUUGCUUCUUGUUUUUCCUAAAGGGAUCAAUGACUUGGAUGUUAAUUAUAAGGAACUGAGCUCGGCGAUAACGGAAUUUAGAAACUUGGAGUGGAAAGGGAAGCCAAACUCGCUUAGCAAAGAACACGUUUGCUGGGAUAUUAUUUACAGAACUGCAGAGGCUGUCAAAAAGCCGUUAACAGUGGGAGAUAGGUUCUCGAUUGAUCCAUUUCCGGGUAGUGGCGUUUGUAGUGAAGGGUCAUAUAAAGGUUUUACAGUAAGAGAAGUAGUAAGGAAGAGGAGAAGCGCAGUGGAUAUGGACGGAAUUACUAAAAUAAAUAGAGAAACAUUUUAUCAGAUUUUGUUACAUUGUCUUCCUUCGGGUUCAGGAGGUGGCAAGGGUUCUGGAGGUGGCAAAAAUCACAAGAAACAGUUGGCAUUGCCAUUUCGGGUUCUUUCAUGGGAUGCUGAGGUGCAUGCUGCAUUAUUUGUGCAUAGGGUGAUUGGGUUGCCAAAGGGAUUAUAUUUCUUAAUGAGAAAUGAAGAUCAUUUCAAUGAACUUAAGAAAGCUACAAGGGAGGCUUUUAAAUGGGAGAAACCAGAGGAGUGUCCUAAUAAUUUGCCUUUGUAUGAACUUGCUAGAGGUGAUUGCCAGCAGAUUGCCAAACAGCUUUCCUGCCAUCAGAACAUAGCAAGCGAUGGCUGCUUCAGCCUUGGUAUGAUAGCGCAUUUUGAACCUGCCUUGUGUGGCAGGGGCGUGUGGAUGUAUCCCCGACUGUUUUGGGAGACUGGAGUCCUUGGUCAGGUGUUGUACCUUGAAGCACAUGCAGUUGGAAUUUCUGCCACUGGCAUUGGUUGCUUCUUUGACGAUCCUGUGCAUGAAGUUCUUGGGUUGACAGGAUCAAACUUUCAGAGUUUAUAUCAUUUCACUGUUGGAGGCCCAGUAUUGGACAAGCGCAUAAUGAGCUUACCAGCUUAUCCUGGACCUGAUGCUGAUGCCUGAUUUCUCCUGGAGAAGCAUAGCUUAUGUUUGUUAGCCUCUGUAAAUGCAAUUUGACCUGUACAGCUCAUGCUGGAGAGUGGUAAUAUUACAUCUGAUAGCACAAAGGAUCUUAUGGACUUUUUAUGAUAUGAGAAGGAUUAUCUUUAUUAUACAAAUAUAUGUUUAUUUGUUA